UCCCAUCUCAUUUCUCUCUGAUUUCGAGAUUUUGUCCUACACGUAUAGUAUCUCUCUCGCUUUCUCUUCUCUCUCCCUCGUGUAUCGCAGCGAGAGACCAUAGGAGGCAGUGGGCAAUUCCACUCCUUGGGUGUAAGCGGAGAUAGAAUCUUAGAGGGAUCUUUAAAGAAUCUCCCUUUCUUCUUCUUCUUUAAUUACCCGUCUCUAUUAAUGUUUGGGACUCUCGCUUCCGGUGAAAUCGAAACUGCCAGAUUGAGGCGUAAUUUGGGGAUUACGUGCAAUUUAGGGUUUUCCUGCGGUGGAUUUGAAGACUUGGGUAUGGGAUUGGAUGGCGAAAACAUGUUGCCACAGAGCCAGGGAGGUGAGGACGAAGGCCAAGUUGUGAACGAAACGGUGCCGUUUCAAAUCCAACAGCCCUUUCAGCAGAUGCAGAAGCUCGUUGUCGGGUAUGCUCUGACUUCCAAGAAGAAGAAGAGUUUCUUGCAGCCCAAGCUUGAACUCCUUGCUAGGAGAAAAGGCAUUUGCUUUGUCGCCAUCGAUUUGAACCGUCCGCUUUCUGAACAAGGGCCAUUUGAUGUCGUUUUACAUAAGUUGCUCGGAAAAGAGUGGCAAGAGGUUAUUGAGGAUUACCAGCAAAAACAUCCAGAAGUGACUGUGCUUGAUCCUCCAGGUGCAAUACAGCGUAUAUAUAAUCGACAAUCUAUGCUUCAGGGUAUGGCAGAUUUGAACCUGUCAGAUUGCAGUGGCAGCAUUUUUGUUCCAAAGCAAAUGGUUGUCCUGAAAGAUUCAGCAUCUAGUGCCGAUAAAGUUGUGGAAGCUGGUCUUAAAUUUCCACUAGUUGCAAAGCCACUCUGGAUCGAUGGAACUGCAAAGUCACAUCAGUUAUUCUUAGCUUAUGACAGGCGCUCGCUUGCAGAACUUGAUCCGCCUUUAGUCCUCCAAGAGUUUGUUAAUCAUGGUGGAGUUCUCUUCAAGGUUUUUGUGGUGGGUGAUGUUAUAAAAGUUGUGAGACGGUUUUCUUUACCAAAUGUGAGCAAUUGCGAAAAAGCCAAAGUUGAUGGCGUCUUCCAAUUCCCAAGGGUUUCAUCUGCUGCUGCAUCAGCUGAUAACGCAGACCUGGACCCUAGUGUUGCUGAGCUACCUCCAAAGCCUUUUCUCGAGGCCCUUGUAAAAGAGCUGCGAAGCUUAUUGGGACUUCGGCUUUUCAACAUAGACAUGAUCAGGGAACAUGGGAGCAAAAACGUCUUUUAUGUUAUUGACAUCAAUUAUUUUCCUGGUUACGGAAAGAUGCCAGAUUACGAGCAAGUAUUUGUAGAUUUCUUCCACAAUCUGGCGCAAGCCAAACAUAAGAAGAGACAUUGUAAAUGAGAAAAUUUAAGAAGUGAUCAGAUGUUCUGAGGAGGAGGGUAUUAAACUGAUGUAAAAGCAGUGGGAAGAGAAUAAUGACUAAAUUAUGGAUUUGUACAGAAUUAGCUGCUCUGUAUCCGAUAACAAGUUUUGAUUAGUGAUUUUCAGCUUUAAA